AUGGAUAGAGGACGGGUGGAUGGACAAAUGGAUGAAUAGAUGGAUGGUCGAGUGCAUGGAUGAAUAGAUGAAGACAGGUAGAUGGACAGGUUGACAGAUGGAGGGGAGGUUGAACUCUAUCACUUUUGUUUUUCAGGCCGUCCCCCACGUGUCCUGCCCCUGUGUGCCUCUGUGUCUUUGCUGGGUGGUCUCACCUUUGGAUAUGAACUGGCCGUCAUUUCAGGUGCCCUGCUGCCACUGCAACUUGACUUUGGCUUAAGCUGCUCAGAGCAAGAGCUCCUAGUGGGCAGCCUACUCCUGGGGGCUCUCCUCGCCUCCCUGGUCGGGGGCUUCCUCAUCGACCGCUAUGGCAGGAAACAAGCCAUCCUCGGCAGCAACUUGGUGCUGUUGGCAGGCAGCCUGGGCCUGGGCCUGGCCGGCUCCCUGAUUUGGCUGGUCCUGGGCCGCUUAGUGGUUGGUUUCGCCAUCUCCCUGUCCUCCAUGGCCUGCUGUAUCUAUGUGUCAGAGCUGGUGGGGCCAUGGCAGCGGGGAGUGCUGGUGUCCCUCUAUGAGGCAGGCAUCACUGUGGGCAUCCUGCUCUCCUAUGCCCUCAACUAUGCACUGGCCAGUGCCCCCCGAGGAUGGAGGCAUAUGUUUGGCUGGGCCGGCGCACCUGCUGUUCUGCAGUCGCUCGGCCUCCUCUUCCUCCCUGCUCAUGCAGAGGAGACGGCAGCCCACAAGGAUCUUAUUCCACUCCAGGGACGUGAGGCCCCCAAGCUGGGCCCAGAGAGGCCACGGUAUUCCUUUCUGGACCUCUUUAGGGCACGGGAUAACAUGAGAGGUCGGACCACAGUGGGACUGGGGCUGGUGCUUUUCCAGCAGCUGACAGGGCAGCCCAAUGUGUUGUGCUAUGCCUCCACCAUCUUCCACUCGGUUGGCUUCCAUGGGGGAUCCUCAGCUAUGCUGGCCUCUGUGGGACUGGGUGCAGUGAAGGUGACAGCUACCCUAACUGCCAUGGGGCUGGUGGACCGUGCCGGCCGCAGGGCCCUGUUGCUAGUUGGCUGUACCCUCAUGGCCCUGUCAGUCAGCGGCAUAGGGCUUGUCAGCUUUACUGUGCCCAUGGACUCGGGUCCAAGCUGCCUGGCCAUGCCCAAUGCCACCAGGCAGACAGGCCUCCUUGGAGCCUCUAGCCUGGGGACGGGCUCAUCUUCACCUCCGAUGCCAAGCACCAGGGAGGACCAUGGGAAGCCAUUCUUGUCAACUGUUAAGAAAACCAAGCCCCAUUUCAGAGAUGGAGACCCCACAGCCUCUGCCCUGCCAGCACUGAGCACUGGCGUCCCGGUGUCCCCUCUCCCGUCCCCCGAGCACACGCUGCUGCGCUGGACAGCACUGGUCUGCCUGAUGCUCUUCGUGAGUGCCUUCUCCUUUGGAUUCGGACCCAUGACCUGGCUUGUCCUCAGCGAGAUCUACCCUGAGGACAUCCGAGGGAGAGCCUUUGCCUUCUGCAACAGCUUCAACUGGGCCACCAACCUCUUCAUCAGCCUCUCUUUCCUUGAUCUCAUCGGUGCCAUCGGUUUGUCCUGGACCUUCCUGCUCUACGGACUGACCGCUGCUUUUGGCCUGGGCUUCAUUUAUUUAUUUGUUCCUGAAACAAAAGGCCAGUCAUUGGCGGAGAUAGACCAGCAGUUCCAGAAGAGACGGUUCGCCCUGAGUUUUGGCCACAGGCAGCACUCAGCUGGUGUCCAGUACAGCCGCAUUGAGGCCUCAGUGGCCCCCUGAGGAGCCCCUCUGAGCCAUGGCUUCAGCAGACCACCUCCAGCUUCCUGCUUUCCAGGUCCCAAGCACAAGUUCCAGUCGCCCUUCAGGAGCGGCCCCACUCCAAAGGAGGUCUUUUUUUGCUGGGGUGAGAGGACUGACAGUCUGAGAACCCCAAAUUCUUGAUUUUGAGUCUCAAACCCUGAAAGUUUCCGAGGAUCUAGCUUCAUGCCUCAGUUUCCCUACUGACUGUGCACAUCUCUGCAGUAUUUUUAAAAAGAGCAACUUGCAGGGUCUUGUUGCACCCUGGACUUUCUCAGAGAAUCUCUAUGGUACCAAUCCUGGGAGGAAGUCACUCCCAGUAUCACCCCUAAAUCCCACUGAGAAUAGCAAGGUUUCCACUCUCUUUUUGUUUCUGGCUGGGACAUUCCGGUGAUGGGUAGGCCUGCUUUGUGGCUCUUAUUUCUGAGUUUGGUUCAAGCUUUCUAAUUCUCUUAUCCAGAAUAUUAUUUUCCAGCAAGUCUGGUUGAGACCUGAGUGCUACUUCUGGCUCUGCUGGUGUCACUGCAGUGUGACCAGGGGCCUUCGUUCCCCCCUGCAUAAUGGGGGGCCCGGACCAGGUCAUUAGUAAGGUCUCUUCUGCCUGCAGUGAGCUGGAGUUCUAAAUGCUGGUAACACUACAAAUAUUCCCAUGAACCCUGCUCUCCAGUUGCUAGGUACCUCUUUAAGAGAUACAGUUUUAAUGUGUAGAAAUGGUGAUUAGGAUUCUAGAGCUGUGCACACUGAAAUCCAGGAGCCAGCCCAGCACAUGUAAACAAGCACCAGGGGCUGUUUCCAGAAUGGUGCUGGCUGGCUUUGCAGGAGAUGGGUUUGGAGAUCAAUAAUCCUGGUGGUCAGGGUUGUCUCUGCCUCUGGGCAGCCACUGGCCUUGGGUAAGUAACAAGUCCCACAGACCACAGUUUCCUCAUCUAUAGAAUGGGAUAAUUUGACCCUAAGGGUGUAUUUAACUCCAGGCUCCCUUCAGGAGGGUCCUCAGCUGGUCCAUGGCCAGUCUUGGCUAAACUGCACCUAUAUUUGACUUUGGAUAUGAAUGUUUCCGCUCACCCUCUGUUACCCAUGUCCCCAGCUUUGAGACAUUGUAAAGUAUCAGUCCUCAAAGAGCGAGUCAGAUGGGGACUGAGCAAGUAGCUGAGGCCGAAAGUCACUUGAGGAAGGGGCUGACAACAAGGAACUCCGAGAUGCUGAGGAGGAUGAGGAUCCUGGGUGCUGACGCUGGACCAAACUUCAUCAUCCCUGCCUGCGCACGUGGGUGCUGGCAUAGCCCCCGGGGAUGCUGGCCCCUCAAGUUCUCCUCUCCUCUCAUUUUGCCAGGGCCUCCCUUUUCUCCAGGGAGGUGUGCUGGAGCUGGCUGUGCUGGCUUGUGAGAGCUAACCUCAUUUUCAGGCUGCUUUCAAGCUACUUGUUAAACACAGCCUUUAUUGAAAAAAUUAAAUGUUUCAAAUGUAUGAUUAAGUAAGUUAUAUUAAAACAAAGGUAUCUAAGAUCUCAAAACUCAUCACCUCUUAAUUCUUUUACUGUGUUUUACUGUUACCCGUGCUGUUGAGGUUGCCUCCAUGCCGUGUAUUUUGGGGGGGCCGUGGGGAGGCAGCACACUUCCCUUCCCAAUCCUGUGUUCAGCGAUAGCAUGUUGGUUAUUUGCUGCUCAGCUGACUAGGGGGCAUAUAUGUACAUCGCAGAGAUUACAGAGUAUUUCAGGUCUGGGCUUUAUUUAUUGUUCUGUUGAUUUUCUAGCCUCACGAACAUGUUAGAUAAAAUAGUAAUAAUGCAAAUUAGGCUUAAAAGUGUGUCUUGUUUAUGGUCGACUCAUUGUGAAUAGCACCAAAAAUGCAGAGAAUAGUCUUCCAGUAUUUCAACCCAUUAUUCAGCUCAGCGGGCGUUUGCUCGUGUUAUUGAAGGAGGCUCUGUGCCUUUAUUGUUUUCCUUUGGUCUUCCUUGUUAAUGUAAACAAAAAAUUCCACCAGCAUCCCUGCUAGACCUAAACUCUUUCUAUGGUGUUAUUAGUCAUUUUUAUUUUCUAAUUUUGUCAAAUGAUGGCUAAAUCGCAGUGAUAGUUGGCUUUGGAUACAAAUGUUUGGCAAAAAAAAUCAACCAAAGCAUUCGAUAAGAGUUAAUUGGCGAUAUGGAAUUUGUAUUAAUAAUAAAGAGUAUUUACAAUAAAGAGUUAUUUUUGUUGGAUUGUUUUGAGACAGAGUCUCACUCUGUUGCCCCAGGCUAGAGUGCCAUGACUUUGACUCACAGCAACCUCAAACUCCUGCAUUCAAGCGAUCCUGCUGCCUUAGCCUCCCAAGUAGCUGGAACUAUAGGCACCUGCCACAAGGCCUGGCUGUUUUUGUAAUAUGAGUCGAGAUAGGAACUUGCUUUUGUUCAGGCUAGUCUUGAACUCCUGAGCUCAAGCAAUCCACCUGCUUCAGCCUCCCAGAUUGCUAGGAUUACCGGCAAGAGCCACCUCGCCCAGCCUACAAUAAAGAGUUUAUUAUUUAUAAAUUGUGUACAAUGAGUACAUAUUUUAUCUCAGUAAAAUUUACACACACACACACUUUUUCCCCUGGAGAGCAUUUGUUAAAUAUUUACCAGCUUCUAUUUGUGCCCGUGACCCCUUGAAAUCAGUUCUUCCUCCGUGGA